CCAUGAUUUAAAAUUGUGGCAUAUUUCGGAAUUUACUAUCCUAUCCUAUGACAUUUGGUAACUGAAAUAUUUCGUACACGUUGAAUUUAUGUGAAGUAUUUUAAAACAAAUAACUUUAAGUCGCUUAAUUAAUUUUAAUUUAACAUUUACAAGUUAUUAGGAUCGUGACUGUGUUAGGAUUGGGCUUGAAAUGAUGGCAGACAACUGAAGGAACAAGUGGUAGCAAGAUAGUCAAUGAAGUGUGAUGGUAGCUGAAAUAUUUUGAUAGAAGUACUGUGGGCUACAGUUAAAAAUAAACAGCUUGUUUCACGCAUCAAAAGCAACGAUUAAAGGCAAAUUCGCCUAUUGGUUCUAAAUAAUACAUACUGUUGUUACGCGAUGUGAUGUUGCAGUGGUUAUAUAAGGUUGCCAUAAUUUAUGCUGUAUUUAUUUUUUAUAGUCAAAGUGUUUGCAUGCAGUACAACGAACUAUAGCAUGUGAUUUUUUUUAAAUGGCCAAACAUGUUUAAGAAAUCCUAUUUAAAUUUGAGCUUCUUCACACUGUCAACACUUUCUCCAUAUUACAGCUUUUCAAAUGUUUUAAACAAAAUUAAUGAGGUGUUUCCUGAAUUGUCUUCAAACAUCAUGAAAGGAGAUUCAAGAUGGGUCCUUGUUGGCUGCCUUGUAUUUUUAUGUGCUGUAACUCAUCCGUUUCGUAAGCAUUGGGACCUAUUUUUGUCUUUUUAUUAUUAUUAUUUCGGUAAAAGUAUGUUGAUACAAACUAUAUGGUUCUUUAAAGUAUUUUUAUGUAAUCUUCCUGUGGUGCUCUAAGUGCCGCUGUUGAUCAGUUUUUAACGUUGUUUUAGACCCUCCUUCGUUUUCUGACGUUGUACAGUCUGCAGAAAAUCCCUUUCAUUUCAUACGGUCUCUUUCUACAGCACGCUUGAGAUAGUCGGUGUUAUAUUUUUGAACUAAGCUUUUUGGUUUCCACUUUUCUGAUCGUAACCUUACUUCUGGAGUGUGAUAGAUUCUUCAAAAAAUGUUUAGUCUUUGUUCUUUUAAUUCCCGAAAACGCGCAUCUUCGACAUCGAUUGCAGCAUGGCUAAUGCAGAAUCUGGUGCUGUGCGUCUUUGUCAUGUCGGUAGCGCACGGGCAGGUCCGUUAUUCUAUUCCAGAGGAAAUGACAAAAGGCUCGCUGGUAGGAAAUAUCGUUCAGGAUCUCGGUUUGGACAUUAAGAGACUGAAGUCUGGUCGAGCGCGGAUCUUUACGGAGGACAGUCGUGAGUACAUCGGUCUGAAUGUGGAUAAAGGAACUCUGAUAGUGAAAGAGAGGAUAGAUAGAGAGGAGCUGUGCGGGAACAAAUCUCCCUGCUCUUUACAUUUUCAGAUAAUUUUGGACCACCCCAUGGAGCUGCAUAGAAUCGAUGUAGAAAUAUUAGAUAUAAAUGAUAAUUAUCCCCUUUUCAGAAAGAAAGACGUUAAUUUUCAGAUUAGCGAAUCAGCCAUUCCUGGAGCUCGAUACUCUUUGGAAAGCGCUAAAGAUCCGGACGUAGGUCCAAAUUCACUCCAGACAUAUAAACUUAAUCCCAGCGAUCAUUUCACAUUGAAAUCAUUGUCUCGACCUGAUGGAACUAAAUAUAUAGAGAUGGUUCUCCAAACGCCUUUAGACAGAGAGAAAGAAAGUGAGCACAAAUUGAUUUUGACAGCAUAUGAUGGAGGCAAUCCUCCUAAAUCUGGCGUCAUUAAGAUUAAUAUUAUUGUUCUUGAUGCAAACGACAACGCCCCGUCAUUCACACAAUCUGUAUAUCGGGUCAGUCUUCCCGAAAACACUCCACUGGGCUUUCUUAUAAUAACCGUUUCUGCCACAGACGCAGAUGAGGGAACAAACGGUGACAUUCAAUAUUCUUUUUCUCAGAGCAGUCACAGUGUUUCAAUUAUUUUCGAUAUCGACCCUUCCAACGGCGAGAUCGUAGUUAAAGGUCAUUUAGAUUUCGAAAUAUCCAAAUACCACGAGUUAGACAUAGAAGCUACUGAUAAAGGUGGUUUAACAGACACGUGUAAAGUGCUUGUUGAAAUGACUGAUGUAAAUGACAAUGCUCCUGUAAUUAGCUUGAUGUCAUUUUCUAAUUCAAUACCUGAGGACGCGUCGCCAGACACUGUUAUAGCGAUGGUGAAUGUCAAAGACGUAGAUACAGAAAGAAACGGACAGGUGAAAUGUUCCAUUGCUCCACAUUUACCUUUCAAAAUAAAGUCAUCCGCUACAAAUUUUUAUAGUCUCACGACAGAUCAGUUGUUGGACCGUGAGAAAAUAUCUGAAUAUAAUAUAACAAUUACUGCUACAGAUGAAGGCUCGCCCUCUUUCUCUACUAAUAAAACUUUAAAUCUAAAGAUCUCUGAUAUCAAUGACAACGCCCCUGCUUUUCAGCGUCAGUCUUACACCGCAUAUGUGAUGGAAAAUAAUUCACCCGGAGUCUCCGUUUUAUCUGUUAAAGCGCAUGACAAAGAUUCUGGUAAUAAUGCGCGCGUUUCAUAUUUUCUUGAGGAUAUUUUUCUGAAUGGCAUCUCUGCUUCAACAUAUGUUUCAGUGAAUGCAGAUAGUGGAGAAAUUAUUGCAGUUCGUUCUUUCGAUUAUGAACAAACAAAAGAAUUUUGCAUCCGCGUAAAAGCGCAAGACGGAGGCUCACCUCCUCUGAGCAGCAACGUGAGUGUUAAAAUCAUCAUUCAGGAUCAAAAUGACAACGCCCCUCAGGUUCUGUAUCCGGUCCAGUCUGGUGGUUCUGUGGUUGCUGAAAUAGUGCCUCGUUCUGCAGAUGUGGGUUAUCUGGUCACUAAAGUGGUCGCUGUUGAUGUGGACUCUGGACAGAAUGCCUGGCUCUCAUAUAAACUGCAGAAAGCCACAGACAGGGCGCUGUUUGAAGUGGGCUUACAGAAUGGAGAAAUAAGAACUGUGCGUCAGGUGACAGAUAAAGAUGCUGUUAAACAAAGACUCACUGUUGUAGUGGAGGACAACGGACAGCCCUCUCGUUCAGCUACAGUCAAUGUGAACGUGGCACUGGCGGACAGCUUCCCUGAAGUGCUCUCGGAGUUCACUGACUUUACGCACGAUAAGGAAUACAACGACAACCUGACUUUUUAUCUAGUCUUGGCUCUGGCCGUGGUUUCGUUUCUCUUUAUCGUGUCUAUCAUCGCCAUACUGUCAGUCAAAUGCUACAGAUGGAGACGCGAACGGAUGUUUUACAAAUCUGGAGCAAAUCUUCCAGUUAUUCCGUAUUAUCCGCCCCUUUACGCAGACGUAGGGGGCACAGGAACUUUACAGCACGUGUACAAUUAUGAUGUUUGCAGAACCACUGACUCCAGAAAGAGUGAUCUGAAAUACGUCAGACCUUGCAGUGAGAGCGUCAUUAGCCUGGGCACCAGUGGAACACAGACACUCACACAUGCGCAGAGAGAAAAACUGGAUAGUGAUGAUUCUUUUGAUAAGCAAAAGCCACCCAGCGCUGACUGGCGUUUUACUCAGAACCAGAGACCAGGACCCAGCGGGGCUGCUGCCACUCCUGAGGUUGCUAUGGGAACAGGACCCUGGCCCAACCCCCCCACUGAGGCUGAGCAACUCCAGGCAUUGAUGGCCGCAGCUAAUGAGGUCAGCGAGGCGACCAACACUUUGACCCCGGGCACCAUGGGUCUGAGCACCCGCUACAGCCCUCAGUUCACCCUGCAGCACGUCCCUGAUUACCGCCAGAACGUCUACAUCCCCGGCAGCACGGCUACGCUCACCCCCAACCCUCAACAGCCCCAGCAGGCCCUGCCCCCUCCGCAGGCUUCCGCCGCACAACCCGAACCGCCCAAGGCCGCCCAGACCCCAGCCAGCAAGAAGAAAUCAACCAAGAAAGACAAGAAGUAGAGAGGAGAUGUGAAGGAGGGCGCGAUGGAGGGAAAGAAUUAGGGAGAGGAAAUCUUCAGUAACUAGUCAAAUUAAGAUUAUUCGAACUAUAAGGGUUAAAACACAUUAUGUCAAAGUGAACCGAACUCACAGAUGCAGUUUUCUGUAGCGAUCCGUGCAGCUGUUUCACUCCUGCGUUUUUUACCUUGUUGCGUACUGUAAAAUCACUUUCGCGCAUUCAGUUUCCUUCAUUUUAGCUUUAUGGAUCUCACUGAAUGUUCAGGUCAUUGAGAGAGAAACCAUUUUUUUUACGCUCACUUUUUUGCCAAGUUUACGCAACUUUCAAGUGACACUAUAUUCCCACGUAUAUAGCCAAUAAUGUAUUUACCGCAGUACUUUACCACGAUCAUGUACAUGUUUCCAAUGCAGACGUUACGGAAAAAAGGAAAUGAGUUAUUAUAACAAUAAUGUUGUUGUUUAUACAAAGACACAAUGUCCAUUGCUGCGUUUGCUCAUGAGCUCAGAUACUGUUGCAAUGUAUCUUUUUUUUCUUUUUUGCCUUGUUUUAUGAUGGUUGUUACCUAAAAUACCACUAUUCCAAAUCAAAAUGAUCCGUGAUGAGAAGUGUCGCCAUCAAUGUAGUCAGGUGAUCAUUAUCGCAUGCACAGUAACCUGACAUCUAUAGACCUUCUCGUGGUGUUGGUCACUUCAUGACUUUUUUAAGAAUCCCCCUGUGUUUCACUGAGCCAGAGAUUUUUUUUUAUUACCUGAAUUUUUUGGGAGCAUUUGUGACUGUCGUCCGUGCCGUAACGGGCGAAUCCAUAAUCUCUAAAUCCAUAGAGGUGUGUGUGUGUCAGCACACCAUCGGCUGUAUCUUCUCUAGUAUUCAGUAUUUUCUGGUUAUCCUAAAGUGUUCAAACUCACUCUUUAUCAGUGCUGGUCGUAGUUUGUAAUAAUAGCUAGUUUUGAAUUCUUUUUUGAAACAAUCUAUCCAUAGUGAAGCCUCCCAGUACAAACAGCUCAAAUCCACUGAGCUGAGUCCAGGACCUGUCGAGCUGUCUGCAUAGAGAGCGAAACGGGUCAUUAUUUUUGGAGAAGGUUAAGAUGUGUUUUAUAGGAGGAGGACAAUCUUACACUCUCAGAAUGUACAGCAGUCCAUUCUCAUAUAGCGGUCUCAACCGAAAUAUAUUUCGUCCAAAUGCAAACUCAUACCCUCAGCAUGAUGCUUCUUUGUAAAUAGACAACCGCCCUUAAUAACAUGGAUGAAUGCGUUGAAGAUUAGCAGCUUACUUAAGACGAGCCGCUUACUACUGGAACGUCUCAGCUAAAAAGAAGAAAACGUUUGAGACACCGAGUAUGUGUUACCAGUGUAGUUCUUCAGUACUAUGAAGGGCAACUAACGCACCUGUAAAUAAAGAGUUUAACUUUUACUUAUGGAAAUAAAUAGUGACGCACUCUUAGAUUAGAAGUUGUGAUGUUAUGCAUAUAUUUUUGUGUUCACCUUUCUUUUCCUGUCUGACUAUUCAUAAAAGUACAGCGAAUGGAGGCCGAACCGUCUGAACUCCCUCGCUGUUCAUUUCCUGGUUUCUGCUGUGCUGACACGUGCGAAUGCUUCUCAAUGUCUAUAUGAAGAAUCUGUAUAGUUCUAUUAUAUGUGUGUGUAUGUCUGCUGAUGCUAUAAACCUGCUGUAACAUCUUUAAGACGCUUCGAUUCCCUUGUGUGCUACUCUCAUUUUAUAUGCUAAUAUUUAUAUUGCUGUUUUAUUUUUUCUCUCUUAAACACUGACAUUUCAAAUAAAAAGUUAUCAAAUCGUUAA